AAAAGGCCACAGAAUGAUAGCAACGGGAGGAGUGAUAACUGGCCUGGCCGCCUUGAAAAGGCAAGACUCUGCCCGAUCACAGCACCAUGUCAACCUCACUCCGUCGCCUGCUGCUCAGGGGAAGAAGCCUGCCCGCCGGCGGCCCCGGGCUGAUGUGGUGGUCGUUCGUGGCAAAAUUCGCCUUUACUCCCCUUCUGGUUUUUUUCUCAUCUUAGGAGUUCUUAUCUCUAUUGUAGGCAUAGCAAUGGCUGUGCUUGGGUAUUGGCCCCAGAAAGAACAUUUCAUCAACGCUGAAACAACCCUGUCAACCAACGAAACUCAGGUUAUUCGAAACCAAGGAGGUGUGGUGGUUCGCUUCUUUGAGCAGCACCUGCAUUCUGAUAAAAUGAAAAUGCUUGGUCCUUUCACCAUGGGCAUUGGUAUUUUCAUCUUCAUCUGUGCUAAUGCCAUCCUGCAUGAAAACCGUGACAAAGAAACCAAAAUCAUACACAUGCGGGAUAUCUAUUCCACAGUCAUUGACAUCCACACGCUGAGAAUCAAGGAGCAAAAGCACAUGAAUGGCAUGUACACUGGUUUGGUGGGAGAAACAGAAGUAAGACAGAACGGGAGCUCCUGUGCCUCGAGAUUGGCAGCCAAUACUAUUGCCUCUUUCUCAGGUUUCCGGAGCAGUUUCCGAAUGGACAGCUCUGUGGAGGAGGAUGAACUCAUGCUGAAUGAAAGUAAGAGUGCUGGCCACCUGAUGCCUCCUCUGCUCUCUGACAGUGCUGUCUCUGUGUUUGGCCUCUAUCCACCUUCUUCUACAGCAGCUGACGAGAAGACCAGUGGCCCUAAGAAGUGUGAAACCAAGUCAAUUGUGUCAUCUUCCAUCAGUGCUUUUACAUUGCCUGUGAUCAAACUUAAUAACUGUGUGAUUGAUGAGCCGAGUAUUGAUAACAUCACUGAGGAUGUUGAUAAUGUCAAAAGUAGGUCGCGAAAUUUGUCAAUGGACUCCCUCAUGGUCCCUCUGCCCAGUGCCAGUGAAUCCUUCCAGCCAGUCAGCAUGGGGCUGCCAAGGAAUUACUCUGUUGGGGAAUCAUUGUCAAGCCAGUAUAAAUCUUCUGUGGCUCUGGGACCUGGGGCUGGGCAGUUCUUGUCUCCUGGGGCUGCUAGAAGACAAUUUGGAUCCAAUACCUCCCUGCAUUUGCUCUCAUCACACUCAAAAUCCUUAGACUUAGAGCGAGGUCCCUCCACACUAACGGUUCAGGCAGAGCAGCGGAAGCAUCCAAGUUGGCCUCGUUUGGAUCGAAGCAACAGCAAAGGGUAUAUGAAACUAGAGAACAAAGAGGACCCGAUGGAUAGAUUGCUUGUGCCCCAGGCUGCAAUUAAAAAGGACUUCACCAAUAAGGAGAAGCUUCUCAUGAUUUCCAGAUCACACAAUAAUUUGAGUUUUGAACAUGAUGAGUUUUUGAGUAACAACCUAAAGCGGGGAACUUCUGAAACAAGGUUUUAAUGUUAAAAAAAAAUUGCCAUUUUACAAGGGUAUAUUUUACAAUUAUUUUCAAUGAUGUUUCCUUCUUAGAGCAUUGGUUGUAAGCUUUUUUAAUCAGAUGUUCUGUCGUGUGUUAGAACUGGCUGCUUAAUUGUAUAAUGGAAAUGGUUGUAUGUUUGGAUAACUUAUGACUACAGCACUCUGUGUUACCACAUAUGGUUUUAUUUUUCCAUUCCUUUGAAAGCAUGAGCUCUUUUAUUAGUAUGAGUACAAAAUAUCUGCAUCCAAAUUGAAAUGCUAUUCAUUUUCUUUUAAUUCCUUUCACUGGUGUAUUAAUAUAAUGAAGUGUCAAA